UCGUGCGAGGACAUGGCGGCGUUGCUGUGCUCUUUGCGCGUGGUGGCGUCGUUGUGCUCUUUGUGUGUGGUGGCGUCGCUGUGCGCUUUGUGUGUGGUGUAGUCGUUGUGCGCUUUGCACGUGGUGGCGUCGCUGUGCUCUUUGCGCGUGGUGGAGUGGUGUAGCUAGGUACAAUAUCCCAUACAUGGUUACGGCGGGCGACCGGAACCACUCGUGCAGUCUCUGAUGGCGCCCUCCAACUUUUAACCUUUUCGCGACAUGCCACCCAUCAACCCAUCCCACGCGUCAUGGCCCGGUAAAGACUGCCACUUCCUCUUCCCCCAUGCCCCGCGCUCGCUUGUCCAGUGCUAGCCUUACCGCCGGCGCCGACGCCCUACUCCUCCCCUGGCUCGCCCCGAGAGCCUUCGCCGAGCCUCCGGUCUCGAGGACGCGUGAACGACGAGAUGGCGGGAGCAACCCAGCACAGAAAGAGCAGGCGCAACAUAGUCGUGGACCGACUAUGAGAAACACUCCUGUGAGCCUCUCCCACCGCCAACCGUUCUCCAGCACUGCGCGACGAAGCCCGUCCUCUUCAAACGGUGCUUCAUGCCGAGCCACCCCACGGUGCUCGCUCGACCGUCGAUACGCCGACAUUGCAUCCUUCGCUCGCCGCCAUGCAAGAACAUACGCCACCGCUCCAGAGGGCUGGGUCGACCCCUUCACCCAGGCACGAACCCUCGUCGCCGACAAGGCUGCCACGCAGGCGCGCUAUUCCAGGCGACGAUCCUGGAAGCAGCAGGUGGCCAAGGAGACCGAGGGCCUCGACCCUCAAGCCGUCGGUCGACGGCGAGUCAACCUGAUCGCUCAGGCCGAGACGCGCAUGGAAGCCCACGCUCGACGACUGCAGCGGGACAGGAGGAACUACAAGAACAAGCUGCUGUACGACGGCCAGUACCGAUCUCUGAAGCGCCUCGUGCUCAGUCUCCAGAGAUGGGAUCACACCGUGGUCAACGUGUCCAAGUACACCGAUGUCCACGCAGACGACGAGCGUUGGCUGCUCGACACUUUUGCCGCCCUGGACAGGAACGCGUACGCGCGUCUGAAUGCGCUCACGAAACCCAUCACCAUCGAGCACGACCCUCGAUGUCGCAUCUUCGCCGCAGAGCUGCUCGAGGGCGUCGAGAGAGAUGGUCCAGGGCGGAUAUGGAUGAACUGGCACACGUUUCACCAGAAGCAGAGGUACUACGAGACUACGCUUGUGUACAUGCUGGAACACAAGCCCGCAUACGCCCAGGAGCUGAUGACCGUGCUGGCCCUGGAUAACGAGCUUCCGCAGAGCAAGUUUGUCAUUCUGGCAGACGGACUCGCCUAUCUGGCGAAGCUGCAUCUGAAGGAACGAUACCCCCCGGACCAGGGCUGGGAGGCAUCUCCAGCCGCCAACGUUCGAAACUUCAUCACGACGUUUAUCCACUGCGCUGAGAAGGUGGAUGCCGCAGUCUUCUCACAGGACUUGCUGUACAGCUUGGCUCUGCUGGCCGAUUCGGCGGAUCUGAAGAGAGUUUACGACGCCUUGAUUGAGGCCAGGGCCCGGCUCGCCGUCAGUACUGUGCUGCACUAUGCGUCUGCUUUCGCUGAAGCUGGCGAGACAGCCUAUGCUCUGCAGUGUCUGGAGCGCCGUGUCGAGUCGUUCAACAGGGUCGACGCCGAGGCAUUCGUCGCUUCGGAUCUCUUCCGAUGGGUUUGUGCAGCGACGCUGCGUGGCAGCAUGCGCCAAGCAAAGAGAUACCAUGAAACGCCCGCUAUCGUGGCAAAGUUUGUCGAGUUUGGCGUCAAGAUGGAUCUUUUGCUCUACGACGUGGUCAUGCACAACGCCAUGGACGCUGGCGACUUUGCCACUGCCUUCAAGGUCUUCAACGCCCUGGAAGACCACGGGUUGCAGGCGGACAAAUACACCUACUCCAUCCUCCUCCAUGGCUGCACGACACAGAGCGACCCCACCAUGUUCAAGGCCUUUGCAGGCUUUUGCUUGAACAAGGCGAAAGAGCUAAGGGAUCCCUGGCUGGCGACCGACUAUCUCUACUACCUCUACAUCUGCGAGCAGAGCCAGCCUGCGCACUCGCCAGACGCCAAUCUGCUUUGGCGCACCUAUCUCGACCUGUUCGAUCUGACGCCCUUGAAGCCUUUUGCCAAGUUUGGAAGCCGGGCCAUGAAAGACAACAUCGACCAAGGCGAAGACGCUUCGGUCUCCAACCCCGAAAGGAAGAAGCUCGCUCCAACAGAACAAGCAUUGUACCUCAUGCUUCAGACGGAGAUCCAGACAGCCCAGCCCCUGUCCAUCGCCUACCUAGAGAGGCUCUACAAGACCUUCAAACGCGGUGUUUUCGACAAAAAAGCUCACCCGAGCGUCGUCUCCCUCGCCCAGAAGCCACUCAUCUGGAACGCCUUCCUCCACGCCUUCUGCCAAAAGAAGCAGUACGCCUCCGCCUCAGCGCUCAUCAAAGACAUGACCGCCCACGGCACCGCGCCAAACGUCUUCUCCUGGAACAUGUUCAUGCAGUCCUUCUUCAAGACAGGCCAGGUCGCAGCUGCCGAGCGCGCCUUGGAGCUCAUGCGCGCGCGUGGCGUGAAUCCGGACUCGUACACGUACGGCGUCAUGGUGCGCGGAUACGCCAGAGCGCAGCUCGUCGACCGCAUCGGCGAGACCAUGCAGCACCUCAGCGAAGACGAGCAGCUCGACCCCGACCUGAUCCGCACCCUGGCUGGGGUGCAGCGCCGCGCCGACCUGACCGCCAGCCUCGAGGCGAACAGGACGGCCAAAGAGCACAAAGACGUCCAGGCCGCGCAAAAAAAGGCCAAGGAGGAAGAAGACAGGUUCAAGAUCCCGGGCCUCAAGAGCCUGUUCGCGACCGCUGUCAGAUUCAAGGAGCCGACGCACUGGGAUCACGGCAGUCUCGAGGACGCGCAGGAUUUCCUCGAGCCGGACGACGAGCCCGCUGGCGUUCCGGAAGCAGAGCUGGGACGGGACGCUGUCAUUUCGACGGCGGACCGUCGGCCUGCAGACCCUCCGCCGCAGGGCCGCGAACAGGACGAGUAUCUCGAGCCCGAGGACGAGCCUGCACCGCGACCGAGUCUCACGGAGUCGACGCGUGGCGACAUGGAUGUGGGCCCCCAGCUCCAGAGCUUCUUGCGUGAUGAGUCGACCGCCGACAAGGGGUCGCGGGGGUGAGGCCAUGUGCAUAUUUGCAUCAGUCAUACAAGAAGCGUAGCGUAGUACAGCACAGCAUAGCGCAGCAUAGCAUAGCAUAGCGUAGCAUAGCAUAGCGUAUACUUUCCAUCUCUCC